AUGAAGUCUACAUUCGCCGUUUCCCUCGCGCUUUUCGCGGCAUCUGUGCGCGCACAGGUCGUCUCCAGCAUUCCCAACCCGGCUCUUGCCGCCUCGGCCGGCUCAUCCGCCUCAGUCGCUGCUGCAACCACUCCCGCGAACAACGCCGGUGCGGCUGCGACCUCGGCUGCCGCUUCUUCGGCCGCGUCUUCUGCCGCCGCGUGCACCACGUGCGGCUCUGACAGCUCGACCUCGGCUGCCGCCGACUGCACGACCUGCGGCUCCAGUUCCUCGACGUCCGCUGCAGCAUGCAUGACCUGCGGAAGCGAGACGACGUCCUCGGCAAACAGCUACAUCACCUCGGCGCCCAGCUAUGGCUCGGACUCGUACUCCUCGUUCAAGUCUGGAGGGUACUCGAGUAUGGACUGCGGCUACGGUUAUCAGAAGGACUCGUAUGGCAAGUGCACGCAGAUGUCUUGGUAUCAGACGGAAGGUUGUUACGAGACGAUCAUCAUCAAUCAUUCGGAGAAGUGCUACGCGCAAACGGUCACAAUGACCGACACGGAAGUUGCCACGAAAACUAUGGUAGAUACGAUGGUCGUCACUAGCACCAACACUGUCACGGUCACCAGCACCCUCAAGAGCGUCGAGACGCAGACAAAGACGAUGACGGAAGUCAUGACCCAGACGCAGGUUCAGACCAAGGUGGUCACAAGUACAGUGAAAGAAACUAUGAUCGAAACGAUGACUGAUACAAUGACGGUCACUGCCACUGCUGUUCGAACGCAGGUCGUGCCGACCACGGUUGUUCAGGUUUCGACGGAUCUUGAGACGCAAUUCAAGACGCAAACGGCGACGAUCACGGACCUCGUCACCAAGGCUACCACCAUCGUGGCGCCGACCACCGUCUUCAAGACCUACUUGUCAACCCAGGUCGUCAACAACACGAAGACUGUGGUUCAGACGAUGGUGGACACAGUAACAGCCGUACAAGUGUCCACGCUUACGGAUCUUGAGACUGCUACUGCCACCGUCACUCAGGCUGUCACCCAGACUCAAACUAUCGAGGUUCAGGACACGUCUCUCAGCAGCUGCAUCGCUUCGUGCAACACGUACAGUGGGCUGUCGUCCGGUAACGGCUAUAUGUACAACACGUACGCGUCGCAGCCCGCCACCUCGUACAGCACCAGCACGGCGGCUUACGCAGCUGCAACCGGCUACGGCUCGAGCAGCUAUGGCUCCUCGAACAGCUACGGUUCCAACAGCUACGGCUCGAGCGGCUCGAGCAACUCCUACGACUCCUCGUCGAAGGACUGCAGCAGCGGCAAGUGCUAG